GUGCGGCGUGAUGAGAAGAAUGAGCGUGUAAAUAUAAGAAAUUCGUGUUCGUCAUACAUGUGCGAUGGUUUUUAAAAUUUUUAAAAAACAUGAUGUUGCUAUGAACAUGUUUUAUGGUGUAAACGCUUGCAUCAUGCACGCAGUAUAUUUUUUCAGUCGUAAGCAAACAUUGAAGCGUAAUGACUUCACGGAUAAACGAAGAACUGUGGAAGGACUUCUUUGAAAUUCAUCUAAGCGUUCUGGAUGGCUGGAUUAUAAGUUUUUAAAAAAAUCAUAUAACAUAAAAAAACAUAUAAAUAAAAAAAAAUUAUAACAAAGAAACAAUACACAUAUAAUAAAAUAUCAUGGUUUUUUGAUGAACGUUGUAAAUUAAAUUAGCAAAUAAAAUUUAGUUUCGCACUGCUUUGGUUAGCUAUUUUUAGCGGGUUUAUUUCUGGCAUCCCGCCUUUUUUGACAUCAGCUGUUCGAAAUUCCCUGAUUUUAAUAAUCAGGGAAAGAGAAUAACAAAAAAAUCAGCGAAUAUGAGAGAGUCUCGCUUCAUGUCAUCCUUGUCAUUUCAUCCUUGAUGUUGCUUCGUUCACAAAUAACAGAGAAAUAAAGUAUGAUUGAAACAUACCAGAGCUUAACUGACAAAUGGUUGCUAACGAGCUAUUGAGAAAACCAUUUUUCAAUAUGUUACCGAUAAAGAUCUGGUUAAGCGCUUCUCCAUAUUGAGAAAACGGACCUAAAUAAGAAAACGAAAAGUUUGAACAUUUUUGAAAGCUUGCACAAAUUUUGUUGUGCAAACCAUAAUCUGGUAACGUCACUUGUGCUUUAAAGAGAAUAAAGCUUUUAUAUCAGCUGUUACUUUCGUUAUUCACUGAAUUUUAAAGAAGCGCGAGUGCUACAAGAAAAUUUGGAAAUUUAAAAAAACUGUGUAAUUGUGUUGGUGGCCAUUUGCCAUAGUAUUAUAAAAUAAAUAUGUCCUCUCAACUGCAACAAAUAGCAGCGUUAUGUCCAGAACUACGUUCUGAUAAAACACCGACUAGAAACAAAGCUAUGGAACGCCUGGAGACAAUCUUGUUGAAUUCCAAGGAUGAGCUAAUCCAAAGGCUCCGUGGUAAACACACGGAAGACUUUUCUAUAAAUGAAAUAUUUUCCAGUGCUAUUGAGGCUGUGCUCAAGCAUGCAUCUAAAGUUGUGGAGUUAAAAGACCAAAAAAGCAUUCAAGCUAUGCUCAACAAAAAUCAUAUCUAUCGUUCAGUCAUUCAUAAGCUAAUAGAUUACAAUUUGGAACAUGAAAAUAAUUUCCUAUCAAAAUCUUUAAUUUACCAGGCAUUUUGUAAUGGAUUUAGCACUACAAGUGCAGUAAAAAUUUUUGGUAGCUUGUUUAUUCAGAUUGUAGAACGUGGAAUAUACAAAUGCCCUUUAUAUGUUCGCGAAUUGAAAGUUGAUGAAUAUAGCAAUAUUCUUUCGAAUUUAUUUGAAAUAACAAUUCCUGGUGAUGAGAUUCUUCGUUUUGAAGUACUCAGCUGUAUAGUUAAAACUAUCGAAUUAGCCGUUCAGCAUGUACAUAUACAAGAUGAAAUCGUAGAUUACUUUCCGGAAAUAAUGCCUUUUGCACGAAGAGCCAAUGAAGAUCGUAAAAAGUCAGAUGUUAUCAAAUUAUAUUAUGCUUUUAUAUCACAGGUAACUAAAGCAAAUAUUUUGAUAAAUGAUGUGCUAUUUUGUUGCGCUUUUAUUUCUCAGUUAUCUAUAGAUUAUCAUCAUACGAUAUGCGAGUCCCUACAGGAUGUAUUACCCAUUUUGUGUGAUAUGUAUAAUUUACAAUUGAAGCCAGAAGUUAAAGAAAAAUUUUGCAUAUCAAUAUACUUAUCUAUACAUGCCAUAUACCCAAAUAUUAAUAAUGGUAGUUUUAAAACAAUAAAAAUUAACAUUAAAGACAGUUGGCCGAAGACUCUGAACAAAUUAAAGUCUAUAGUGGAAUUGGAAAUAAGAGAAAGAAGGGCAACAAUUCAAAGGGCAUAUCAAAGUGAGCGUGAAAAAUUUAUGGAGAACUUUAUUGAAAUGGCCAGCGAUAUUGUAUAUGUGAUAUUUUGGCACAUUAAUUCAAAUACCGACGUUGCGGGGUUGGAUGAACCUUUGAAAAAAGUCUCAAAAAUUUCGGACAAUUUAGAGAUUAUUUUGCGGCUUAUUCAGAAUGACAAAACUAUUAACGAAACGUGGUUUGCAAUCCUGGCUGUCCUCCUUAGUAAUCAAAGAAAUAUUAUUAACGUAUCAAAUUACCAAGAGCUGCUUCAAUUUGUUUCAAAAGUUUUAAAUAUUUCGGCGAAUGCUGUGAUCUGGCGAAGUAUACGACGUAGUCUUAUAGCGAUCUUAAAAUUCGAAGACUAUAUGUCGUCAAGCAAUGACAAAAUUUACAUAAGUUAUAGUGAGGAAACGUGGAAAAAAAUAACAAAUUUCUUAAUAUCUGAGUCCUCCGAAAAUAGUGAUAUUAUAAUAGAGAAACAAAUAUUGCUACAAGAAUUAAUAAAACACGGAAAAUUUUCGUUCGAAUCAAGUAACAAUCUGAUUCAAUCUAUUAUUAGUAAUAGUAUUUUAAGGCGAUCUGAAGCUUUUGAAACUAUUCGUCAAAUAUUGAUACAUUCAGAUAUUUGUGGUAUAGAUAAAAACUCCAACAUCAUUGAAAAAAUUAUAAUCUGGGCUUAUGAAGUGAAUGAGAAAAUAAAUGCUAGAAGUAUGCUAUUAAAUAUUUCCCCCGUCGAUAUUACACUUAUAAAUGAUACCUGCGCUAUUGCUGUCAUAAAUUUCUUAAAUGAACGCAAAAUAUUUCCAAAAACAUCAUGUGGAGAUGAAAUUCAAAUGCAUUUCACUAAUUUAAACAUGCUUCAAUAUAAAUAUAAUAUAAAGUUUCUGUGCUUGGAGGAACAUGCUAAAACUCUAAAAUCAAACCAAAAUGGGGCUGAUGCAGAUGUCAUUUCUCCAAAAGAACUCAGCAAUUGCUUAUUUCAGAAUACUUAUGAGCUGCUGAUGCGUACUUUGAAUGUAAAAAUUUCAAAACAAACGACAUGUGUUAGUAUCGUUUCGGAUAUGACAUCACUAAAUAAAUUGGCAGAUCUAAUGAAAACAUUUGUGCAUUAUGGAGUAUUUACUAACCAGAAUUUAACGCAAUGCCCGCUAAUUAAACGCAUUGGAUUUUAUCUUAGUCAUAUGGAGUUUCAAUUAAAAAUCAAUGAUCCAAGAAGUAUAGAGCGAACCGAAUUAUUAGAAAUUUUGCAAUAUUUGGAAUCAUUUAUAACAACUUUUACCUCCAGUGUGGUAUUAACUCAGUUUUUGGAGACGCAACCAUUGGAAGAGUUGAUAAACUUUUUAGGAGCAAGUUUGUCACAUAGCGCUUCCCAACAUUUACAAAGUAAGGUCAGCGACUGGGCGGAAAUUCGCCUAAUAUCGCUACGUAUUCUGGCUGAACUAUGUGCUAGUAACACUUACCAAAAAUAUGCAUUUCAUCACAUAUCACGAUAUGUUUUCAAUAUUCGCCAUGAUUUAGACAUUCUUCUUCCAUUGAUAAAAAUAUUUUGUAAGAGGACAAGAGGCAAUGUAGCAGAAAACUUACCAAUUGGCGAGUGGUUCGUAGAUAAAUUAAAAUUAAUUUUUAAGUUAUAUUAUAUGGAUCUUAAAAUCAUCGAGAGAUUGGUUGCCAUGCUUGCAGAGAUUUUCGAAUAUGUUUACUCAAUCAAUGAAUUAUUGGAUACCAUGUUCGUGGCAUUAACAUCAUUACUGAAAAUAGCAUACAAAAAAAACUAUCCCGUAAAAAUAACAAGCAAUUUAAUAGAUAGUGUACGCCUGAUUUCAAAAAAUUGUGAAGGGAUUUGGAUGAAGGAUGACUUCAUUUGCAUUUGUAUAUCUUUGAUGAAGUUUUUAUCCUUUCCGUCGCUACAAAUUCAAUUCUCAGUGAUUAGCACGAUAACCUCAUUAAUGGAUACUGGUUGGCUGAAAAGUUCUGCCACAACAUUUCAUAUUAAUGAGCACCAUAAUAUGUGUGAACAGUUGUUUUCUGCAAUCAAUUGGAAAGAUUUAUUGGACACUUCAACAGAUUUAGCACAAAAUCGUAACUCAGUAGUGAUGCAACUCUUAGUGGCUCUAUUUGCUUUUAGUUCACAUUACCAGAAAAGUGCUUUAAAUAAAUUGGAGAAUUUAUAUGCCACAAGGAAAUUAUCGGAAGAGGACUUCUGCGAGUUUGUGCAGGUCUCUUAUUUUUUCGGAUGUUCACAGUCUCAGUUAAUAAAACCUUAUAUAAAUGAUUUAAUUACAUCAUGGAUAUCUAAAGAGUGGCCUAUUUCAAAAUUUCCGUAUUUCUUUUGUUAUUCAAACAAAGAUGAAUUCAUUAUGGAUAAUAUUUCAAUAAUUGCCGCGUGUAUGCUACUAUAUAUUCCCAAUGCAGAUUUAAAAAAACUAAAUAAAUACGCAACUGACGAAGAACUUAUAAAGAAAGCACUUCCAAUUUUAGAGGCAUACAUGCUGCCGCAUAAGGCGUUAUGUCCGGAGUCCCAAACCCAAAACUACAAGAAAUAUAUUAGUGUGUUAAAUGAAAAUAUGCAACGAUUGGGAUGGAAAUUACCACCGUCAAGAAUUAUUCAUUGGAAAACAAUACAUUUUUGUUGUAGUAUUUUAAAAGUUGAUAGUCUCUCUACGACAUCCUUUGAGUUUCCAACGUUACAUGGCACAUCAUCCUGGUAUCACUUAAAUUACGAAUCUCUUAAACAAUCUUUAAAAUUAUAUCUGAUUGAUCAUAAUAUAGAUGAAAGCAAAACGAAAACGUUGUUUUCUCCACUUUGUAAUCAUCCCCUUCAGUUCUUAAAGGUUCUUGGUGCUCUUAAAGCAGACGUAUACGCAUGUAUAUUUUCUAAUGAGAGAAUCUCAUGCUUUUAUAAAUAUUGCACAGCAGUUGAUAUGAUUAUUGAUUCGAUUCCAACACAUAUUACUUCGACAAGAGAGAAAAAUAUUGCUGAGUACUUUGUUCGUGAUGUGAUUUUAUUUUUAUCUCAAUGUCUUCAGACAGUUCGAUACCCCGAGUUGCAAUUGACGGGACUUCUUUUUUUGCAAUGCCUUUUCCAAAAGUCUUUUAUAUCAAUCGGUGGAGGUAAAGAAGUGAUUAAUAAUCACUUGAAUGUGAUAACAAAAAGCUUGGUAGCCAUCGCUGAAACUGAUUCCUUUGAAAAAUCAAAAUUAUCUAUGAAAAUAUUACACCGUUUAAUUACCGAUUUUAGCGAGAAUACUGUGAUUUUCACCCAACUACCGGCUACAGAGAACUUCAUGGAACUAUGUGAAAUCCAAAGCAAUAAAUCAGCUUCUCCGAACAAUAUUAAAGAUUUCCUAGACAUUUUGGAAUCUUCAAUUUUAAACCAAAAAUGCAGUAACGAUACUUUAGGAACAUUAAGACAAUAUAUAAUCAAAUUUAAAGAUAAUAUAUGCACAAAUGAUCAGCAUUUUUGUGAUUUGAUCCGUCGAUUAUUGGAAGUUGUCUGCAAUGCUCACAAUAAAUAUUUACGUCUGGAGGCAGCGAAAUGUCUUGGGGAAAUUGGCUCCCUAGAAAUAGCAAAUACUUUUUACUAUUUUGAAAAGAAUUCAUACUUUUAUGACAACAUUACCAGUUCAAUGGACAGUAACGAACUCUUUUCGGUAAGCGUUGCCAAAGUAUUGGACAAAAUAUUGACACAGUUCAAUACAAAUACCUACGAAGCAUUAUUUAGAGUAACAAUUGAGUUAAUUAAUUCGAAAUGCACAAAAUCUAUUAUAGGACUGUACCCAUAUUUGGCAAUUUUUGAAAGUUCUAAGAAGGCAAAUCAGGAGUGGGAUCCAAGUUUUGGCAUCGAACCUGUGGAUUGGCUAUGCAUUUUAAAUUCAACAGAGACACUAGAGUGGGAUACAUGGAUUUGUGUGUUUGUUAGUAAAGUACUUAAAAGUUGCGGUUGGACAGCACUCUGCAACUUGGUUUCUCGAGAUAUAUAUUUGGCAAAUGAAAUACUUUUGCCUUUUAUUACACUUUUAAUGUCCAAUAAAGGGCGACAUAUAGAUAGUAUUAUGUCAAUGCUCGCUCAUUAUUUCCAAACGUUGAAUAUGGUUCUUCGAAAGGGCGAAACCCAUCAGAUUGGAACUCAUGAGAUUUAUAAAGACAAGCGAAUAAUAAAAGUAUUUCUAAAAAUAUGUGAAUGCAUUCGUUUACAUAAUGAGUGUUCUGUGCCAAUGAAUUUGCUGUAUGUUGCUAAAGCAAGUAACCAUUGCCAGGCGUUCUUUAUGACAAUUAUGUAUACUGAAUUAUGGGCACUGUCAGAGAGCACGUCGAAUGAUAAUCAGUCCAAAGUAGAGGAGCAUUUCAAAAAUCCAGCAUUUCAGGAAGUAGCAAUUAAGGCUUAUAAAUCCAUUGGUUGUUACGAUGCCAUAUCUGGGUUUCUCUCCCCCUUAAAUUCUCGUCUGGAAUUUUUAAAUUUAAACAACGACUGGUCCGAAAUGUUACUUCAAAACUCAUUUAAGAAUACAUCGUCUAAUACACUUUGUACUACAGCAUUAAAACGAAACGGUAUUUUAUGUCUGGCUGAUCUGGGCAAUAAAGAUACUGCUGAUUCUGUGGACUAUGAAGUAUGUUGGAGACUAUGUCAAUGGGAUACGCCCGUAGAAGGGCAUUUGAAAGUGAAUGUUGAAAAUGAUCCUGAAUUGGAAUUUAAGAAGCAUCAUUUCAAUUCUUUAAAAUGUCUGUAUAAUCGUGAACAACACAAUUGCUUAGCGGCCAUCGCAAACGCUCGACAAUGCGUAAUUAACAGUUUGAUGGGAAUAAGCACCGAAUGUCUUCAAAGUGUUUACAAAUAUCUAACUUGGUUACACAUACUUCAGCAGACUGAGGAUUUUUGUCAAGUCCAGUUUGUUUCCGAAGUAGAUAUUAAAUCGAUAUUUUCAAAGUGGCAGUUGGAAAAUAAAUUAAAGUAUGGAAACUUUUAUUGCAAAGAACUUGUACUGUCGCACCAGAUAACUCUAUUUAGCACAGCUGGAGUCCGUGGUCAAAGAAGGAUAACUGAUUUUUUCAAAUAUAGCCCGACCGAAACUGGUUUACUAAAUAUCAUUAGAGAGUGCCAAAAAUCAGGUGAAAUUAAUUUGGCGAAACGUAAUAUAUUAACCCUUAGAGAAGCAGAAAUUACAAACGAACACGUAAAGCUUAAUUUAUUACUUGAAGAUGCAGAAAUUUCUUUUCGAUGCGGUAGUAUUGAAAUAUCUGAAUCAUUGUUAAAGCAUACAUUGACGCAUAAAGACCUAGGCGCUUGCCCACAACAAGCACGUGCUCUCCGAAUGUACGGAGAAUUUCUCUUGGAGACUAAUUCGCAAAGUUUUGAAUACGUUCUAGAAAAAAUGUUUAAUAGAUCUAUGAUUUACCUAGAGAAGAUAUUAAAAUCUCAAAAACACAGUGCUAAUGACGAAUUAAGUUUUUUGUAUUUAGGAGAUCUAAAACCAGCUGAAUUUGAAAAGGAAAACCGAAAAGAAGCCUAUCAAUUAAUAGCGAAAUAUGCCGAUCGUGAAUACAUGCAAUCGAAUGCGUACAUCAAUUCUGAUGAAUUUAAACUGAAAUGUCAAAUCAUACAACAAAACAGACAAACAGCGGAUUCAAUUGGUCGACAACACAAAGAUCGUGAUAUUAACCACGGUGUAAUCAUAAUGAAAAAGUAUGCAAAUUUGGAUGAAACGGAAAUAAAAUUUAUUGAGGAGAAACGCACAAAUAACUUGUGUAUUGCUGUUAAGAAUUAUAUAAAAUUUUGUGAAAUUGAUUCUGGAUUUUCUAAUGCUGCAAUAUAUAGGAUAAUAUCAUUGUGGUUCGCCAAUAAGCAAGAUCAAGCAUUGUAUAAAGAAAUAAAGGAUAAUGUGAAUAUAAUUCCUUCAUAUAAGUUUAUUUGCGCUUUGAAUCAGAUUACCGCUAGAUUAAAUACGAAACUCGUGGAUUUUAUUACAAUCAUUAAAGAAAUACUGGUUAACUGCUUACAAGAUCAUCCACAUCACACACUUUACCAGUUGUAUCCACUAAUUUUUGAUGAUACAGGCGGAAAAACAAAUAAAAGUCGUUCGACCAUUGCAGCCGAAAUAAUUACAAAAGGGCGAAACUCGUCAAAUGCACAACCCGCAAAACAGUUGGCAAUGAUGUUUCCUGCUUUAAUUAAGUUCGCAGAUACUGACUGUGGAAAGGGCCCCACUAUGUCGUUAUGUGAUAAAUUAAAACGAAUGCAAUGCUUAGACGCUGUUCAUUGCCCGACAAUUGAACUUCCAGUAUUACCUAAUAAGGAUUACACAAUAAUAAGUAUUGUACGGUGGGAAGAAAGCGUGUCACUGGUAGGGGGUAUAAACGCUCCAAAAAAACUCAAGUGUUUAUGUUCUGAUGGAAAAUCACGGCCUCAACUCUUAAAAGGUCGAGAUGAUUUACGUCAAGACGCAGUAAUGCAGCAAUAUUUUUCACUGAUGAACACACUAUUGUGCUACGAUCCGAAAACAAGCGAACGGAAAAUUAAUAUUCGCACUUAUAAAGUUGUACCGCUCUCAAUGAGAAGUGGGAUAUUAGAGUGGUGUGAAAAUACUGUACCGAUCGGUGUGUAUUUGGGUAGUGGAAGCGACAAAGCUGGCGCACAUCAGAAAUAUCGGCCUGUUGAUAUCACACCUUAUAAGUGCCGUCAAAUAUCUAUGCAACAUCUUAAAUCCGACAUACAAAAGCGACUGUCAAUUUACGAGCAAAUUUGCGCACAAAUAAAGCCAGUUUUCCAUUAUUUUCUGCUGGAGAAAUUUGUAGUUCCAGGCAUUUGGUUUGAACGACGCCUGGCUUACACCAACAGGUCACUUUUUGUUAAUAAUAAAAUUAUAAAUGUAUUAACUUUUAUAUAUUUUCAAUAUAGCCUGGCUGUGAAUUCCAUGGUUGGCUUUGUAGUUGGUCUAGGCGAUCGACAUACUCAAAAUAUAUUGAUUGAUGAGAAAACUGCGGAAGUGAUUCAUAUCGAUUUCGGAAUUGCUUUUGAGCAAGGAAAAAUAAUGCCAACCCCAGAAACUGUACCUUUUCGCCUAACCAGAGAUAUGGUUGCGCCAAUGGGCAUUUGUGAAACAGGUGGGGUAUUUAAAAAAGCAUGCCAAUCAACACUGGAAGUUUUGCGAAAAAAUCAUUCCGUAAUAAUUACAAUUCUUGAAGUUUUACUAUAUGAUCCGCUAUAUAUUUGGAAGGUAGUGCCAACACCCACUGGAUCUAAAGAUGAUGAGAAAAAUCUAACUGCACAACGUGCUCUUUUAUGUGUUCAGCAUAAGUUAGAAGGAAGGUUAAGUAACAUCACAGGUACCGUCAAUACUGAUAUUCAAGUGCAAAGAUUAAUAAAUGACGCUGUUUCUAAACAAAAUCUUUGUCGUCUAUACCCUGGAUGGGAUCCGUAUUUAUAGAUACAAUUAAAUAUAUUUUAUUUAAUCAUUGUUUAUUGAUGUUUGUUUAUCGCACAUAUUUUAUAAUAAAAAUUUAAUUUGAACUCACAAUA